CAAGGCGUCAGUAGACGCAUAGCUGGCUACAUUAUUAGAUAGUUAUGACUGCCGUGUGUGUAUAAGCUAAACCAACAAAGCAGUUCAUAACAACCUGUUUUAUUUGUUAAGAUGUUGCUAUGAAAUGAGAAAAACAUGGGAGCUAAAGAGUCAAGGAUAGGUUUCCUCUCGUACGAAGAGGCCAUCAACAGAGUAACUAAUGUGGAACUCCAGCGUCUGAAGGAUGCCUUCCGGAGGACCAGUGGCCUGUCCUGUUACAUGAGCCAGCAGUGCUUCCUCAGGGAGGUGCUGGGAGACGUCGUACCACCCAGGAUUGCUGAGGUGAUAUACAGCUCAUUCGGUGGGACCUCUAAAGGCCUGCACUUCAACAACCUCAUUGUUGGCCUGGUUCUCUUGACUAGAGGACGUGAUGAAGAAAAAGCUAAAUACAUUUUCAGUCUGUUUGCCAGCGAUUUGGGCAAUCAUGCAACGAGAGAGGACAUGGAAAGCAUGCUGCAGACUGUGGAUGGAGAGAUCCCACUUUCUCUCAGGAAGUGUUUCUCUGAGGGUGAGAAGGUAAAUUAUGAGAAAUUUAAGAGCUGGCUUCUGCAGAACAAGGAUGCCUUCACCUUCUCCCGCUGGCUCCUGUCCAGUGGGGUGUGUGUCACCCUGACAGACGAUAGUGACACACCCACCUUCUACCAGACCUUGGCUGGAGUAACCCACUUAGAGGAAUCGGAUAUCAUUGACCUGGAGAAGAGAUACUGGCUGCUGAAAGCUCAGUCUCGGACAGGACGAUUUGACCUGGAAACCUUUGUCGCUUUAGUUUCUCCCACUAUUCAUACAUCCCUAAGUGAAGGUUUGUUUCAUGCCUUUGAUGAAAACAGGGACAAUCACAUAGAUUUUAAGGAAAUCUCAUGUGGACUAUCUGCUUGCUGCAGAGGGCCUUUGGCAGAGAGACAGAAGUUCUGUUUCAAAGUGUUUGACGUUGACCAUGAUGGGCUUCUGUCUCGAAAGGAAAUCACAGAAAUGGUUGGGGCAUUACUGGAGGUGUGGAAAGACAAUCGCAUAGACCUUCUACCUGAAGCGGACACUAAUGUCCAUGCCGUUGUGGAAGACAUCCUGAAGGAGCAUGACACCACUAAGCAAGGGCAUUUGACCCUGGAGGACUACCAAAUAUGGAGUGUGAAGAGUGCAUUUGCCAAUGAGUUCCUCAACCUGCUGUUUCAGGUGUGUCAUAUUGUCCUGGGGCUGCGGCCUGCUUCCCCUGAAGAGGAGGGACAGAUAAUCAGGGGCUGGUUGGAGAGGGCGAGCAGACACGGCCUCCAGCCAGGAGACUACUGGUUCCUCAUAGCAGUGCCAUGGUGGCAGCAGUGGAGGGACUACGUCAAAUAUGAUAACAAGCAUAUUGUGGUGGAGCAGCCAUUAGUGUUUGACACAGUGAGGAGUGGUGUAGGGGCCGGAACACAGGCCAGGGCAGAGCAAGGCCCAGAGGGGGAGAGCAUGGCCAGCUCCCACAGCUCCACAGAGGAGAAGUUCGCAGACAACAUCUCCAGUGCAUCAGAGGCCUCCGAGACGACCAGCGGCAGCCUUCUACCCCGGGGCUCGACUGCUACGGAUAUCUGCUUUGCCCGUCAGCAUGAUGACACAGACAACCAGUGCUUCCUGGGGGCUGAUGGGAACAUGGUGGUUCUAAGGCCUGGGUCCAUCGAUAACCAGCCUCUGGUCAGAUCAGAGCCCUUAAAGGCUCCCACAUUGACUAUGGAGGGGGGCCUACUGAGGCGCUCCCCGUCCCUGAUUCUAGGCAGGGACUUUGAGGUUGUGCCAGAGCCUGUGUGGAGGGCACUCUACCACUGGUACGGAGCCAACCUGGGUCUACCCAGGCCGGUGAUCAGAAACACCAAGACAGACUGUGCUGAGCUGGAGCUGUUACCCCGACACCUGCUCUUCCUGAGGCAGCAGCAGCCUCCCCCCCGCACCCCCCAGAACAACGUCUGGGUCAAUAUGGGUAACGUUCCCUCUCCUAGUGCCCCCCUAAAGCGUGUGUUGGUCUACACGGGCUGUUUCAGUAGGGUGGGCACCAUCAAGGACAUCCAUGAAUACCUGUCCCAGAGACUCCGCAUCAAGGAGGAAGACAUGCGCCUCUGGCUCUACAACAGUGAGAAUUAUCUGACCCUCCUUGAUGAUGAAGACCAUUCCCUGGAGGGGUUGAAGAUCCCAGAUGAACAGUACAUGGUCAUAGAAGUUCGGAACAAGGACAUGAGCUGGCCAGAGGAGAUGUCUUUCAUCGCUAACAGCAACAGGAUGAACAGACACAAUGUCCCUACUGAGAAAGGUGCCACUGGACUGAGCAACCUUGGCAACACGUGCUUCAUGAACUCCAGUAUCCAGUGUGUGAGCAACACCAAGCCUCUCACAGACUACUUCACCUCAGGAAACCACCUUUACGAACUCAACAGGACCAAUCCAAUUGGGAUGCGGGGUCACAUGGCCAAAUGCUAUGGUGAUCUGGUUCAGGAGUUGUGGAGCGGAACACAGAAGAACUUGGCCCCUCUGAAACUCAGAUGGACGAUAGCGAAGUACGCUCCCCGGUUCAAUGGCUUCCAGCAGCAGGACUCCCAGGAGCUGCUGGCCUUCCUGCUGGAUGGCCUUCACGAGGACCUGAACCGUGUUCACGAGAAGCCCUACGUGGAGCUGAAGGACAGCGACGGACGACCAGACUGGGAGGUUGCUUCUGAGGCGUGGGAGAAUCACCUGAGGAGAAACCGUUCCAUUGUGGUGGACCUGUUCCAUGGCCAGCUCCGGUCACAGGUCAAGUGCAAGACCUGUGGCCACGUCAGUGCACGCUUUGAUCCCUUCAACUUCCUCUCUCUCCCUCUGCCCAUGGAUAACUCCAUGCACGUAGAGAUCAUAGUCACUAAGCUGGAUGGGUCAUGCCCAGUGCGGUAUGGGCUCCGGCUCAAUGCGGAUGAGAAGUACACAGGCCUGAAGAGACUCCUGAGUGAGCUCUGCUGCCUGAAUCCUGAGCAGAUCCUCCUGGCUGAAGUACAUGCCUCCAACAUUAAGAAUUUUCCAUUGGACAACCAGAAAGUGUGUCGGGCGGUGAGCGGCUUCCUGUGUGCGUUUGAGAUCCCGGUGCCAAGUGCGCCCACGUCUGUGGUGUCCACUCCCACACAAACAGAUGAAGCUCAAGCACUAGCCUAUGGGAACGCUACCAUGAUAACUGACAGUAACUCUCUGAACCUGGGACUGAUCCCCAAGGGCAUGCCCAGCACUGUGGUUCCCUGUGGCACAGAAGGCAGCCUUGCUAACGGUCUCCCCGACGGCCCCGUGGUGCUCCCAUCAGACAGCCCCUUCACUGGGUACAUUAUCACCAUCCACAGGAAGAUGAUGCGGGCAGAGUUAUACUUCCUGUCCAGUCAGAAGAACCGCCCCAGCCUGUUUGGGAUGCCACUGAUCGUGCCGUGUACAGUCCACACCAGGACCAGGGACCUGUAUGAUUCUGUGUGGACCCAGGUGUCACGCCUGGCCAGUCCCUUGCCCCCUCAGGAGGCCAGCAACCACGCCCAGGACUGUGAUGACAGCAUGGGCUACCAGUAUCCCUUCACCCUGCGCGUGGUGCAGAAAGAUGGCAACUCCUGCGCUUGGUGUCCAUGGUACAGGUUCUGCAGAGGCUGCACAGUUGAGUGUAACGAUGAGAGGGCUGCUGUGGGAAAUGCCUUCAUGGCUGUGGACUGGGACCCCACUGCUCUGCACCUCCGCUACCAGACCUCUCAGGAGAGGAUCGUGGAGGAGCACCCCAGUGUGGAACAGAGUCGCAGGGCCCAGGCAGAGCCCAUCAGUCUGGACAGCUGUCUGCAGGCCUUUACCAGUGAGGAAGAGCUGGGAGAAGAUGAGCUCUACUACUGCUCCAAGUGCAAGACCCACCGCCUGGCCACCAAGAAACUGGACCUGUGGAGGCUGCCGCCCAUCCUGAUAAUUCAUUUAAAACGGUUCCAGUUUAUGAAUGGGCGGUGGAUCAAAUCCCAGAAGAUUGUUAGGUUUCCCAUGGAGACGUUUGACCCCAGUGCUUUCCUGACCCCAAGAGAUGCAGACCAAAGCCAAGAGAGCUGGAGGGAUAAGCUGGGGGAGGAGCUACAUGACACAGAGGGAGGAGUGAAAAAGUCUGGGGGUGGAGACACUGUCUGUAACCCUGCCCUGAUUCUCAACAAUGGGAAAGCCCCUCUGUGCUCAGUGAGGAUGGCCAGCACCCCCCUCAGCAGAGACGUCUGUCCCAACUGCAGCCCUGAGAGUGAGGGCAGGAGGCAGGGUCGUGGGCUGGUGUUUCCCACAGGAAGCAGGUACCAACUGUCCCUCAGUAAGGAGAGCCUGGACAGUGGCAGGGAGAGCCCCAUGGAGCUGGAGGCCAGCAGGACGAGGAUGGGGAGCAUGGGAGAAGGCCUCAGUGACUCCACCUCUGGUGAGGACAUGGCCAGAGAAUGUGACAACACAAAGUCUGUGUCUGAGCUCAACAGCAAUGGCUACACCGAGAACACCAUGGAUCUGGAGGCCUCCCAGGGCCAAAGAGACCUGGAUCCCAUGUACAACUUGUAUGCAAUUUCAUGCCAUUCAGGGAUCCUAGGAGGAGGCCACUAUGUGACAUAUGCCAAAAACCCAAAUGAAAAGUGGUACUGUUACAACGACAGUAGCUGUAAGGAGUUGCAGUCAGAGGAGAUUGAUGCAGACUCUGCCUAUAUCCUGUUCUAUGAGCAGCAGGAAGUGGAUUAUUCUCUGUUCAUGCCCAAAACUGACGGCAAAAAGAUGGCCGACACAACUUGCAUGGACGAGGACUUUGAGUCUGACUAUAAGAAGUACUGUGUUCUUCAGUAAUGGACUGUCUGACGAUAUGUGUCAAUGGGCUGCCGGUUAUUCGACAUGCUUGUGCUACAAAACCACCUUACUAUUUGACUGAAAUCUCUCAGGAUGAGAUGAGCUGAAGCUUAGAAAUCAUCCCUGGUGGUUAGAAGUGGACAACCAACCAUUUUUACACCUUCAUAGUGGAUGGACCUUUUUUUUCAAGUAAUGGUACUCAAGUGUAUUUCCCGCUUGCGAUGUCAAACAAAACGGUGGGCUGUGUAUUGGUUUGUUUUGGGGAGUGACAAUGCUUAGGCCCAUGGUGUUGGUCCUAGGCCAAAUGUGACAAAUGUGGGAGUGUGUGUUUUUGUUUGUAAACCAAUGCCAGUUGCAAUAUGCCAUUAAUGUUUCGGCACAUUGAUUGGUACGCUCUGCAGUUACAUCCCCUCAUUGAAUAAUACAAAAAAUGAUUGCAGUAGAAGCAAGUGUUCACUACCUCAUCAUACCCUACUUUGGACAGGAGUCAAAUGCAAUGUCCCAAUUCUACAAUUCCCUUUUUUGUUGUCCUCAAAUGUAAAUGAUUUAGACUCUAGACCGAUAGGCCUGGAUUAUAUUCAGUGUUCCUGAACUACAUUUAUGUAUUUGCAUUGCAAUGUAUCUUUUGUGUUUGUUUAUCGUGUCAGGUCUUUUAAGAACAAAGCCUCAGACUCUCACCGAUCUGAGAGGAUCUUCCUUUAGCGUCUGCUUUGUACCAAUUGUGUGCAGGUCCAUUCCAACAACAUAUCAGUCUGUUCCAUCACAACAUUGUGAUGUUAUCACAUCGUGUCAUUACAGUAGUGCUACCAACAGGCUGUAUCAUUGUGCCCAAUUUAACACAAUUCUUUAUAUACACUACCAUUCAAAAGUUUGGGGUCACUUAGAAAUGUCUGUUUUUGAAAGAAUAGCACUGUUUAUUUGUCCAUUAAAAUAACAUCAAAUUGAUAAGAUAUACAGUGUAGACGUUGUUAAUGUUAUAAAAAAAAAUAUAUAUUUUACCUUUUAUUUAACUACGCAAGUCAGUUAAGAACAAAUUCUUAUUUUCAAUGACGGCCUAGGAACAAUGGGUUAACUGCCUGUUCAGGGGCAGAACGACAGAUUUGUCAGCUCAGGGAUUUGAAUUUGCAACCUUUCGGUUACUAGUCCAACACUCUACCCACUAGGCUACCCUGCCGCCCCCCUAGGCUACUCUGCCGCCCCGGUAGCUGGAAAAGGCAGAUUUAUUUUAAUGUAAUAUCUACAUAGGCGUACAGAGACCCAUUAUCAGCAACGUCAACAGUGAAGAGGCGAUUCUGGGAUGCUGGCCUUCUAGACAGAGUUCCACUGUCAGUGUUCUUUUGCUUGUCUUAAUCUUUUCUUUUAUUGGCCAGUCUGAGAUAUGGCUUUUUCUUUGCAACUCUGCCUAGAAGGCCAGCAUCCCGGAGUCGCCUCAUCACUGUUGACGUUGAGACUGGUGUUUUUGCGGUUACUAUUUAAUGAAGCUACCAGUUGAGGACUUGUGAUGUGUCUGUUUCUCAAACUAGACACUCUAAUGUACUUGUCCUCUUGCUCAGAUGUGCAACGGGCCUCCCACUCUGGUUAGAGCCAGUUUGCGCUGUUCUGUGAAGGGACACAGCGUUGUACGAGAUCUGGAAUAGCUUUAAUUUCUCAGAACAAGAAGAGACUGACGAGUUUCAGAAAUAAGUUAUUUGUUUCUGGCCAUUUUGAGCUUGUAAUCGAAUCCACAAAUGCUGGUGCUCGACUAGUCUAAAGAAGGACAGUUUUAUUGCUUCUUUAAUCAGAACAACUGUUUUCAGCUGUGCUAACAUAGUUGCAAAAGAGUUUUCUAAUGAUCAAUUAGCCUUUUAAAAUGAUGAACUUGGAUUAGCUAACACAACAUGCCAUUGGAACACAGGUGCGAUGGUUAGGCCUCUGUACGCCUAUAUAGAUCUGCCUAUUAAAAAAUCUGCCGUUUCCAGCUACAACUCAUUGACAACAUUAACAAUGUCUACACUGUAUUUCUGAUCAAUUUGAUGUUAUUUUAAUGGUCAAAUGUGUUUGUUUUUUUUGUUUUUUUUAAACAAGGAUAUUUCUAAGUGACCCUAAACCUUUGAACGGUAGUGUAUACAGUUGAAGUUGGACGUUUACAUACACCUUAGCCAAAUACAUAUAAACUCAGUCCUUGCUCGCACACGCUUUUUCAGUUCUGCCGUCAAAUUUUCUAUAGGAUUGAGAUCAGGGCUUUGUGAUGGCCACUCCAAUACCUUGACUUUGUUGUCCUUGAGCCAUUGUGCCACAACUUUGGAAGUAUGCUUGGGGUCAUUGUCCAUUUGGAAGACCCAUUUGCGACCAAGCUUUAACUUCCUGACAGAUGUCUUGAGAUGUUACUUCAAUAUAUCCACAUUUUCCUUCACAAAAUAGAUGGCAUCAUGAGGAAGUGCACCAGUCCCUCCGGCAGCAAAGCACCCCCACAACAUGAUGCUGCCACCCCAAUGCUUCACGGUUGGGCUGGUGUUCUUCGGCUUGCAAGCCUCCUCCUUUUUCCUCCAAACAUAAUGAUAGUCAUCAAGGCCAAACAGUUCCAUUUUUGUUUCAUCAGACCAGAGGACAUUUCUCCAAAAAGUACGAUCUUUGUCCCCAUGUGCAGUUGCAAACCGUAGUCUGGCUUUUUACUGGUGGCUUUGGAGCAGUGGCUUCUUCCUUGCAGAGUGGCCUUUCAGGUUAUGUGGAUAUAGGACUUGUUUUACUGUGGAUAUAGUAACUUUUUUGUACUGGUUUCCUCCAGCAUCUUCACAAGGUCAUUUGCUGUUGAUCUGGGAUUGAUUUUCACUUUUCGCAGCAAAGUACAUUCAUCUCUAGGAGACAGAACGCGUCUCCUUCCUGGGCUGUAAGAUGGCUUCGUGGUCCCAUGGUGAUUAUACUUUCGUACUAUUGUUUGUACAGAUGAACGUGGUACUGUCAGGCAUUUUGAAAUUCCUCCCAGGGAUGAACCAGUCUUGUAGAGGUCUACAAAAAAAAAUCUGAGGUCUUGGCUGAUUUCUUUUGAUUUCCCCAUGAUUUCAAGCAAAAAGGCACUGAGUUUGAAGGUAGGCCUUGUAAUACAUCCACAGAUUCACCUCCAAUUGACUCAAAUGAUGUCAAUUAGCCUAUCAUAAGCUUCUAAAGCCAUGACAUUUUCUGGAAUUUUCCAAGCUGUUUAAAAGCAUAGUCAACUUAGUGUAUGUACAUUUCUGACCCCCUGGAAUUGUGAUUAAGUGAAAUAAUCUGUAAACAAUUGUUGGAAAAAUGAUUUGGGUCAUGCACAAAGUAGAUAUCCUAACCGGCUCGCCAAAACUAUAAUUUUUUAGCAAGAAAUUUGUGGAGUGGUUGAAAAAUGAGUUUUAAUGACUCCAACCUAAGUGCAAACUUCUGACUUCAACUGUACAUUGUUUUAUUUAACUAGGCAAGUCAGUUAUGAUGAAAUUCUUAUUCACAAUGACGGCCUAACACUGGCCAAACCCAGACGACGCUGGACCAAUUGUGCGCCGCCCUAUGGGACUCCCAAUCACGGACAGUUGUUAUACAGCCUGGAUUCGAACCAGGGUGUUUAUAGUGACACCUCGAGCACUGAGAUGCAGUGCCUUAGACCGCUGUGCCACUCGGGAGCCCGAAUGCAAGUCAUGAGAUCACAAAUUCGAAGGGCAGAAGUUGUGAAUAAUGUUGCAUCUUUCUGAAUGCCAUGGGUAUGAGGUAUUUGAUUUAGGCAGAGUGGGACAUUUGACAGUUUGAGCAGUUGUACCUUACCGUUAUUCAACAAGUGAAUAGCUAGCUUUUCCCUCUGAGCUUUGAAAGAUGUAUUUAAUGUAACUAUAUUGACAUACACUGUAUGUGAUACAUAGGAGUUGAAUUGAAUCUAAUCAGAUGGAGAACAAAAUCACAAACUCUAGGCUGUGAGCUAUAGUAUAUCCAUUACAAUACACAGCUCUCAUUUCUUAAGUCUUGUUGAGGUAUAUGCUUUAUUUGGUGAAUCAAUGACUGAUUAUAACAGCUGGACAGAAACCUACCAACUCUACCUGGCCUAUGAUGGUAGAAUGAUACACAUCCUGAUAACAGUUAUAUUUUUUUACAUUUUUAACAUUAGCCCUGCUAUUGCCGUGGUCAUUUUCAGAAUUGUCCCCCCGAAAAGCUUGAUGCAGUGAAUACUACUGAAUGAUUUAUUUAUUUUGUUUUAUGUCUAUUUCGUUUUUUAAUUUAUUAAUUUCAUGUACUUUUGUAAAAUGUUUAAAUGUAAAAUGUAUUUUGCAAUAACCCUUGAGGAAAAACUUAAAUGUACAUAUAUACUUUUGGAAAAAGGAUGUAUUGGAAUAUGAACUGUAAAGAUCUGCCGUGUAUAUGGAGUGAAUUAGUUUCUGUGACUAUUAAAGCAGCCAAUGAACUACA